AUGUACUCGACAGAUGUUCCCCAAAGCCGCAGAAUAACCCAGGUGAUUUGCGCAAUUGUAUGGUGUUUGUUGUCCGGAGGGCCAAUCUUUGGGUUCGCCGCGUUAAAGCCUAUCCUUGUCACAGAACAUGUUUAUGAAAGCGUAUGUGACAUUUCCGUAAACUCUACUGAAAGUGGCUCUAUGUUCUCCAACUUGGUCUUGGACCCUUCCAAGUUUGGAGGUCUCACUGCUACUUUGCUUGGUGGUGCACACUCAUCGUCGGAGAAAGCCGUUGGUGUAUUGGCAUCGUCCGCCGCCAAGUGUACCGCCCAAGAUUUGAAGUUGAACAUGAUGUUCACCGUUGGUGCUGUGUUGACCAAUGUCUCUGCCUUGGUUAUAGGCAGAUUGCUUGAUAUCCGUGGCCCAAGAUUCUGUGGGCUCAUUGGUGCUGGCUUCCUUUACUUGGCGUGCUUAGUGUUCAUUUUCGCCAAGGACAUCGAAGCUUCUCCUAUCUUGUCAUAUUUCGAUCCAUAUUUGAUUGGUUACGGUGCCAUGGCCUUGGGUGGUCCAUUCGCCUACAUCUCCAGUUUCCAGUUGUCCAAUUCUUUCCCUAAGAAGUCCGGAACCAUCUUGGCUCUCUUGACCGGUGCAUUCGAUGCCUCAUCUGCUGUCUUUUUGGUUUACAAGAUUUUCUACAGCAAGACCGCCGGUGCCUUCACUGUUCCAAAUUUCUUCAAAUUAUACUUGAUUGUUCCAAUUUUCAUCACUUUGGUACAAGUGUUCAUGAUGCCAGCAGAAAGUUACAAAACUGCUCCAGAAACCAACUUAUGUAUCGGCGAACAUGUUCCUGAAGACGCAUCAGCCUCUGACUUGCUCGAAACCGUCGUCAGCAGAGGUUCAGCCAAUGAAACUGAUCCAUUAAUACGUACCGCAGUUAGAAGAGACUCCAUAGGUGACGCAUUGAAACAACCAUAUGCCGAUGAAGGUGAACAAUUCCUCGUUGAGCACUCCGGUGGUAUUUUCGGUAUUCUCCACGGUUAUUCCGCCAAGUACCAGUUGAAAACCCCCUGGUUCUACUUGAUGUGUGCCUUUGCAACCAUUCAAAUGUUGAGAUUGAACUAUUUUGUUGCCACCAUCACCACCCAAUAUACCUAUUUAUUCCAUUCUUUGGAAAGCGCCGAAUCUUUGACCCAUUUCUUCGACAUUGCAUUGCCAUUGGGUGGUGUCAUUUCAAUUCCUUUUGUCGGAAUGGUGUUAGACUACUAUUCUACUACCGUUGUGUUAGGUGCAUUAUUGGCCGUUUCCUUGGCCAUCGGGUUCUUAGGUCUUUCCGGAAACUUCAUUGCCGGGGUUAUUAACGUUUGUAUCUUCGUUUCCUACAGACCAUUCUUCUACACUGCUGUUUCAGACUUCUGUGCUAAGGUAUUCGGGUUUGACACUUUCGGUACUGUAUAUGGUGCUAUCAUCUGUACUUCCGGUGUGUUCAACUUCAGUCAGAGUAUAUUGGACAGAUUAACCCACACUACCUUCGACAUGAACCCUAUCCCAAUUAACUUCACUUUGGUUAUGAUCACAUUGGUUAUUGGAGGGGUCAUUUUGACCUAUGUUCACAAGCAAACUAUCUUAUACAGUGCCAAGAAGCAAAGACAGCUCAACUUGGCUUAA